CCUCACACUCCAUGCUCCAAUCAGUCUGCACUCGCAUGUCCACGAGGUUGCUCGCACGGGCCUGGCGGCAUCCUCUUUCUCUCUCUCUCUCUCUUUCUCUUCUCCCCUCUCUUCUGUCUGUCUGUCUCUCUCUCUCGCUCCCUCGCUUGCUUCGCCCGCUCAUACCCCCCUCACGUUCUGUCAUUCUCCAUCUCGCUCUCUUUCCCCCCUCUUUCUCCAUUCACCAUCUAUCUCUCUCUCGCUCUCUUUCGCUCGCUCUUUCAUUCACCUGACUCUUGACGCGAGCAGUGCGUUACACAGCACGAGGGUGAUACCGGUCGCCAGUCGAGGUACUGGUCGCGGACAUCGCAGCCGUGGUUGAGGUUAGGUCGAACGGACCUGUCGAUCGUAGUGGCGGGACGCGGCGCGGCGGAUUUGAAUUUUCGAACCCGCGGUCGUACCCGCGCGCCGUGCUCCAGCAGCCGCAGAUCGAUUCGCGCGCGCGUCGCGAUCGGAGGAUCGCGCGGACCGUCGUUGUCAUUGUCGUCGUCGUUAUCGUUGUCGUUGUCGUUGUCGUUGUCGUCGUUGUUUUCCCGCCGGACGGACGGCUGCCGGGACGGGUUCGCCGUGAUUGUCGUCCACGACAACCGCGCGCGGGCAGCCGUUGCGCGCGCCUGCAGAUUAGGUGAGGCGAGACGUUAGACUGACGCGCGUUUUUUGAAAAAAAAUAGAAAGAAAAAAAGAAUCCCCGAAACGGAAACGCUCUGUGAGGACGAUGCGCCGCGAGUUUUUACCGUCUUCGUCGUCGUCGCCGCCGCCGCCGCCGCCGCCGCCGUCGCCAUCGCCAUCAUCGUUGUUGUUGUUGUUGUUGACAUUGUUACUGUCGCCGAGGUCGCAUUCGCGUCUGGUGAAAGCGCGCAGCGACGGAGACAAGCAGCGGGCCCUGUGAGGUUCUUGUGAAUGUUCUCGGACAGCCGCGUGCCGCGGCUAGCCGCGCAUCAGUUUCUCAGUGCACACGAGGAAAACGUACGCGUGAUGCUUGGUGAUCAACAUGCCAUUUCUUGCGCCACGUGUUUCCGCGUGGUACUCUCGCUCCCCCGUCCUCGUCGUCGUCGUCGUGGUCCUCGUCGAGUUCGCGUCGCGUCGCGCUGCGCCGCGCGUCGUACUUACUCCUAUAUGUCGCGCUACGUCGCGAGCGUGCUCGUCGUCGCUCUCGGACAAUGAGAGGACGUCGUGGUUGGCAUCGUGAUUUGCGUCGUGGCGUUCGCAGCAACGCUCCCCAAGUUGUCAUUGCGAGAGCGCGUUCGACGCGAUUUAAUAAUUUCAGUCUCGUUCAAGCGAAAGUGAAACGAUGAGAAUGUUGUCGUUAAAACGUUAGAAAUUACGUAUGAAAUCUUUAUGCUUACGAUAAAAGUAUUGCCGGCAUUGUAGCGUCAUCUUAAAGAGUUUAUCCGCGUCAUUAUUUCGGAAGUUAAUACGUUCGAUUAGAGACUAAAUUUCGAUUACACUAACGCUAUUCGUAUUGGCUGAUUAGAUAAGCGUUGCAGAUACUGACAGAUGUUAACCAGUUAUUUUAUGAACGAUUGACAAGAGGCGCGCGUCUCUUUAACGUGUAGCGUGAUAUUUUAAUGAAAAGAAUUGAAUGUGUAAUCUACGUUAUCGAAUCAUUAGCGCAUACUAUAAAGUAGCGACUGGAUAACGUUAGAUGUUCAUGGACACGCGGUAAACGUUACAUUUUACAAAUCGAAAAUGUGAAAUCCUGCAAAAGUAUUGCGUGUGCUGUACAGAAGAUAAAAGAAUUUAUAUGUGUGAAAUAGGUUCGAAACUUGUCCAAAAUAACGUUUUUAAUUGAUUAUCAAUUUCAUUACUUUUAUUUUUUUUGUAUCAAACAGAAUGUUGAAUAUUUAUAUUUGUUUGGAUACUUUUAACAUUUUGAUCACGCUGAAUUGUUAAUAGACUGAUAAAAACAAUGUCAUAUCGAUCAUAGUAAUUCUUUCUUGUACACACUUUUAUAUUAUUAAAUAGUUUAGAAAAUUAUUUGCAACAUUCGACGCAGAAAAUAAUUGUUUGUAAUCUUAUUUGUUAAAAAGAUUUUUAAUUUAAUUGCUUGAUUUUAAUUUCUUGUUAUUUUAAAUUCUUGAUUCUGAUUUUGUACUGAUGAAAUAAAUAUUGAUCGAUAGGAACGAAACUAUCGGACCCGCAAAGUCUUUUGUCAAUUGUUCGAAAUUAUGCAAAUAAAGUUUUGGAUUCGAAUUUAUUGUUUCUAAAAAUAAGCGUUCGCUAACUUUCAAUCUUACUGCCGUAUCAUCGUUUUUCGUUUCUAAUAUUUCUUAUGCGUAAUCUUCCGUCGAACGCUCAUCGUUCAAUCGCUGUCGCGAAAGCGAAGGCGAUCUGGCAUCGAUCGGCGCAAUUACUCGCGGAUCGAAUUCGAUAGCUUUCUGGUUGAAAGAUUAGAAGUAGGAGAAAUUGUCGGCAGAUCGACACCCGAUCCAACACCUGGUGAUUAAUUGACAAUCGCGAUAAUUAAUGAUACACGCGGUAUACCGCGAUCUCGUGCCACGACACGCUGAUGCGUUCCAUUAAAUCGCAUUUUGCGGAAGAAAAUAUCGAGUGAGUUAUGAGAGAUUUGCUCGCAUUUAUUCAUUUUUUAGGGCCGAUUAUAGCAUCUGUCACAAAACAUUCGACAUUGUUAUUAAAUAUUUCCGUUUUGUAUAACGUGCGAGUUUUUAUGGAUUUUAAUUGCUCACUUUUGUACAUUUGCCGUUCCAAGUGGCGUAUUUGCUGUUUUUAAACAAUAAUGGGAGUUUAUACAUAAUUGAAUGAAUAGAUUUUAACAUAUUGCGAUUACUUUAUAAUUUAAAUGCCCGUAAUUUAAAUUACAAUAUGUCAAGAGUUAAAAAUCGGGUAUUCUGAGAAUUCGUAAUGAUCUAAGAAUCUAAUUAAGAUAACCAAGUUUUUCUUACGUGAGUUUAAAACUUUGCUGUAAUAAUUGCACACUAUGAGAAUGCACGAACCUGAGAUUCUAGACGUUUCAUUAGAUUUCACCGAGAUCUUCACAUACCCAGAGUAUAAGUUUACGAUACGCGAGUCAUAUAAUAACGGUAGAGGUUCCACUCUUCUGGAAACUAUUUUAAAAAACGUAAUAAAUAUACAUAUAUAUAUAAUUGCCAAAUCGCUUUAGACAUAAACUACAUAAACAGAGAAUGCGGAUUGCUGUGUUGGUCUUUAUCUGACUAUUCCGUUAAUUAAUUAAACUGAUUUUGUGUACGAGAAGUGCCAAUAUGAAAUUGAUAAAAUUAUAAUUUCAUUCCGCUGAGGAAACACGACAUAAUUCUCAUCGAUGUAAUUAAUGCGCCACGACGUAAUCCUCCAUUGACGAGCCGCGAGAUAAUUUAUUGAAUUCACUUCUCGAUCGAUGACCUCUUAUUUCCAAUUUUGUACAUUCUUCAAUUAUAAAAUAUAUCCGUGUUAUUUAAAUUGCACUUUUAAUAAAGUCAAAAUCCAUAAAGAGAUCAAGAAUGGAAGACAAAUUCAGUGAAGUUGAGAACGCAAAUAUGGAUAAUUCUGCGUACGUACCGAAUCACCUACCGCCGCCGUCUUUGGUCGUAUUCUCGCAGGCCGGAGGGCUGCCUGAGGCCUUGAGAAUGCAAAGACCAUUCAAUCCACAAGUGACCGACUCGAAGGAUCUGCAGGUGCCCUUUAGCACAGCAUCGCUGGGCUACGGGCUGCAUCACAUGCUGCAUCUGCCGCCGCAAUUCCUGCACCCGCUCGAUCAUAGACUGCCAUUCGGCGGCUUCCGGCCGUUGGUGCCGUCCGCGUUCGCGCCCCCCAGCAAGUGCCUCAAGGUCGAAACCGGGAACGGCACGGUGCCGGGGAACGGCGGCCUGCCCAGCAUCGGCUCGCUCUCGAGCAUGUCGAACAUGUUCUCGCCCACGUCCCUACCGGGUGCUGGCGGGGGUGCGGUGGUGUCCGUAUCCGGCGCGGCGGCCGCCGCGGCCGCCGCUGCCGCCGCAGCCGGCCAGGAAGUCGGCGGGCCGCAGAGUCCGGCCGGUUCCGCGAGCCGCUCGCCCACCGGUACCGGCGGCACCGGUUCCGUGCCGAAUCGUGGUGCGACUCCCGACGAGGAGGACCGUGACGCCAACGCCACCCCGGGAUCCGAGAACACCGAGCGGUCCACGCCGGAAGAGGGACGACCGUACAGACUGGGGCCUGUGUUCGGGGGCCGAUGCGGCGCGGAGGCGCUCGGUCUGGGGCUGGGGCUGUCGCCGGGCCCGGCCUACAGGUUCGCUCUGCCCCCGGGACUCGCUGCCAAGACCACCCGCUGCCUUGUAUUCGACCAAGGCAAGAAAAAAUUCCCCUCGGACCCAUCCUGCUGCCCGGUAUGUGGGGUAACGGUGAGACCUCAAGAGCUGGAGCAACAUUUUGCUCAAGAGCUCGAUCGAUUGUAUAAGGUCUCCUCGGCAUCUUCAAGACCUCGACCCUCGAGGUCGACCUUACCACCGACACAUCCUCAAGAUCAUCCCCAUGGUCCGAUGCUGCACGCCCCAUCGGCGGCGGAUGGCACUCCUCAGGGUAGAUGGGAGACAUACAAAAGAAUCAAAGCCAACAGACAGGCCAGAAUACGCGUUAAGAAUCGGAAGCGAAAAGCGGACGAGGCGUCGUGUCCGGUUUGCAGCGAGAGACUAUCGGGCACCCCGGAGGAGUUGAAUCAGCACGUUGACCGAUGCCUGAACAAGCAGAAUAACGGGAAUCCCGCCGGGCAAAACGCGAAUGACGAGGAGGAGGUCGACGUCGAGGGCGACCCUGAGUACGAGGAGUACGAGUGGGCCGGCCAGACAAGAGUGCGCGCCACUUCCAUGCUUGUCGGUGGAUUUUCCGCCGCAGGCCUCGCCACUUCCUCGAGCAACCGUAGCGGUAACAGGGGCGGGGGCGGCAAUCAAGAGGACGAAGACGUAGAUCUGGUAGUCGAUGGCGAUGAUGCCGCCGAGUUUGGUCCAGCCCAGUACUCCGAAGCGGACGUGGUCGCGCCGCGAGUCGACGGCACGCCACGCGAGCAGAAGGAACGGGACGCGCUUCGCGAGGCCGUCAUCUCCCCGAACGCGCCACACACGCCGCAGCAGCUAACCCCCGAUUCCGGACUGACGGCGCAGGGCCUGGUCGAGGUGAAGCCGGAGCCGGGCGCCGCGACGCCCGUCGCCCAACAAAACGAUCCCGACGAGGGUGCCUCCGUGUCGCCCAGAAGGGACGGCGACACACCAGUCGUUGAGGCCUUGCGCGGCCGCAUCCGCGAGCUUGAGGCCGAGAUGCGCGGACAGCCCUUCAAAUGUCUCAUCUGCAUGGAACAAUAUAAAAAACCGGUUACUUCAGUUUGUUGCUGGCACGUACACUGCGAGCAAUGCUGGUUGCAUACCCUGGGCGCAAAGAAACUCUGUCCGCAAUGCAACAUGAUAACGUCGCCGUCCGAUUUGCGGCGUAUCUACAUGUGAACGAGUCGGUUCGAUGUCCCUCAGGAUCUGCGUUCUCCUCUUCCCUCCGGUCAUCCCAGGGAUUCAGGAUCAGCCGUGCAGCGUUAUCAAUGAGCGUCUUGCUCCUGUAAAUACUUGUAUAUUUCUCUGCGUUACGUAAAUUAACUCUCUAGGAUUUUAACAUGUACGUUUAUGCAUCUUAGAGCUAGAUAAAUUAACUCUGUUAGUUCUUAACGAUCACCAAUCGAGCGUCGCUUCAGGAUCACCCGAUGCAGUUUUGCACGUUCACAACGAUCGUGAUAGAUACAUUCAUUUAUACUUACGAACUCGCCCUUCCUUCUGAAAAUUGAAUUUUCCCGCGAAUCUUGCCAUGCCGUAUUCUACUUUUACUUGUCACCGAGAAGUCACAAUUAUAAAUUACUUAUUAUUAAUUAGACAAUAAUUUUUAUCAUUAAAACGAUACCGUUUUGACGAAGUCUUUUAAAUUCAGUUUUUAAAUAUUUAACUUAAUUUUUUUACAAUAGUUUUGUCGCAAUUUUUACAAUUGAUAUUUUUAAGCAUGGAAUAAUCAUUAAUUAUUGAACAAUUAUAAGUGUACGCCACAAAUUAUAUUGGAUAAAAUGUGGAUCAAACGUGUAAAACGAUCGUCUGUUGAACACAUGAUAAAACUGCGAGAAAUGAGCGACACAUCGAUCCGCGUCGACGAAAGUCAAGUUAUACGGCGCUUUUACAAUAUCUUCGUUUCGCGAACGAGGAUUAAGGAAUCUUAAGAUUACGCGAAAGGACGACGCGAGAGGAAGCCGAUUGGCUGUGUGAUUUUGUUUCACUUCGACACGAAUUGUUCGUGCGGGAUCUUAAACGUGUAACGAGUUUUUUUUUGCGUGCAAACGUAUUAUUUUUUAUUUUUGUCCUUAAUGAUCGGCUUUCCACGCUCGUCGAUAAUUACCAGAACUUUUAGAUCAUCGCCAAACCAGUUUUUCUCGCGAUGCACCAGCGAGCUAAUGUAAAUACACUAAACGGAUCAAGAAGAGAAGUAAGUCCCCCGAUCGCUGUUCUGUAAUCGAAAUAAAACGAUCAUGGAAUGUACAA